AUGUCUUACUACCCCCCACCACAAGAACCCUACUACGGCGGACGCCCUCCAUACGAGCGUCCGCCAUACGACCGUCCUCCCUACGAGGGCGGUCCUCCCCCGGAGCGGCCCCCCUAUGACCGUCCCCGUUACGAGGGUUCUCCUUACGACCGCCCUUCCUAUGAGCGUCCCCCUCCAGAGAGAUACAACUCCGGUCCUCCCCCGCCGGAGCGCCCUCCCUACGACCGUCCCCCAUACGGUGACCGGCCUCCCUACGAAGGUGGCGAGCGCGGCUUCGACUCUCCUGCUCCCCGUCCUCCCUACUCCAGCCCUCCUCCUUCCGCUCGUCCUCCUCCCGUCCCUCCCCCUCCUCUUCCCAUGGAAUGGGCCCAGGAGUGGGAGCCCAGCCUCCGCCGCGCCUACUACGUCCACAUGCCUUCCGGCCGCACAGAAUGGGAGCUUCCCGCUGACAUGUCCCGCGACAUGCCUCCCCCUGGUCCUCCCCCGGCCGGUGGUCCGGGCUACUACGCAAGCCCCCCUCCGCCGCAGGAGGGGGGGUACUACCCCGACCCCCAGGCCCAGCAGAUCUCCGAGGAGGAGCAGAAGAAGAAGGACCGUAAGAACAUGCUUAUGGGUGGCGCAGCUGGUCUGGCUGUUGGUGCUCUCGGUGCUGCAUUCAUUUCCCACGAGAUUCACGAGCACGAGGAAGAAGAGGAAGAAGAGGAGCGUGAACAGCCACCUGUCAUCUAUGAGCGCGAAACUAUCAUCGAGCGUGGAGAGCAGCCUGCAUAUGAUUACGAGGAGGAUGGAUGGUAG